UUUAACCUGAGAGGUCAUUUUCAGAUUUGACUCGAGUAGUAUGCGGUGGCCCAAACACGAAUGGGCGAUACCAAAAAUCAUGAAUGCCGGUUCACGCCCACUCCGCUGUCCAUUCACUUAGCACGUGUGCCUACUUGCUCGUUUUAGAAAUCGAUAGCGUCACCCGAGUUCGAAGCCCGAUUUUGAGGAGGCAGACAAGUUCAUCUUUGUAAACACGAGGGAAAAGGUCGAAACCACGUGUGUGCUUGUUUAAUUUUGUCAAAGAUGCCGAAAUCAAAGAGAGACAAAAAGAUUUCCCUCACCAGAACGACGAAGAAGGGUCCAACUUUGAAGAAGCAACUUGUGGAGGAGAUCCAAAAAUGCAUAGAGAGCUAUGCAAGGGCUUUUGUAUUUUCGGUACAAAAUAUGAGGAAUAACAAAUUGAAGGAUGUUCGCGAGGAGUGGAAACAAAGCAGAUUCUUUUUUGGAAAGAACAAAGUGAUGGCUAUUGCUCUUGGCACAACAAAAGAGAAAGAGGUCCAGCCAAAUAUUCACAAGCUGGCAAACACCCUUCACGGACAGUGUGGCUUGUUGUUCACUAACAAAGACAAGGAAGAAGUGCUAUCGUGGUUUGAAAACUUUUCGGAGCAAGAUUUUGCAAGAUCUGGCUGUAAAGUAAAACGCACAAUAACGCUGCCAGCUGGCCCAAUGGAGCAGUUUGUCCAUUCUAUGGAACCGCAGCUGAGACAGUUGGGACUGCCUACAGCUUUGAAAAAAGGUGUGGUGACCUUGACAAAAGAAUACACGGUGUGCAAAGAGGGAGACAUUCUCAAUCCUGAGCAAGCUAGGAUUCUGAAAUACUUGGGAGAGCAAAUGGCUGACUUCAAAAUGACUGUUCGUGCAUUUUGGUCAAAUGAUGGCAGCUUUGUUAAAGUUGCUCCUGACCUGGAUGCAAGCGACGUACCUUUGCCAUCAGACGACGAUGAUCUGGAAGAUGAAAAUUAAAAUAUUUUUACUAGAA